UCCAAGAUUGUACAAAUGUCUAAAUAGUGGCACGCUUGAAUAAAAAUUGUCCACGUAUAAGUGGUACCCCAUAUGGAAAAAGGAUAACACCAAGUCCCAAACUAUCUUGCCACUGCUCCCCAUGUGGUCUAGGCUCCCGGGGGCUCCACGUGACUAUCUUUUCCUUGUAAAUCCAAAACUUAUAAGUAUAGCCUGUUAUCCUCUCACAGGUCUUCUAUAUCUUGACCCCAUAUCUGGCACGCUUGAUGGGGAGAAAUUGUUUGAAUGCAAGGCGGCCAGAAAAAUUAAUCAGGGACUCAUCAACGCAGAUUUGCUGGGGAGUAUAGACAUCUGCAAAUUUUUGGUUAAGGUGAUUUGCGAGGGGCUGAAUUUUGUGCAGCCAAUCAAAUUAAGGGUCACUCCGAGGAUGACAGAAUGUAUUGUCUUUGAAAUGCAUAGAACACAUUAUACUCUCAUAUCUAUGCCUGGCCAUCGCAGCAGAGAACAUGGGCAUAUGAUGAAUCGAGUCUGCGGACCAAUACAACCGCAAUUCACUUAUUUUAGUAAUGCCCAUAUUGAGGGUUAGGCCCCAAAAAAAUUUAAAUUCGGAAACCGUAAUGAGUUUCCAUGAGACUGGUCUGGCAAGGUUUGAAUUUGGAUUGGCGGCGAUAAAUUGUUGUGCAUAUAAAUUGCUUUGAUUCACAAUCAAUGCAUACAGAUAUUCCGUGAAAAACAGCUCCAAAAAUCAAGGGGAGUAGUUAAAUUUGUUAUUUCCACCUGAAUUCCGGGUUGGGCAGUGAAUGGGGGAAGUACGAGUGCUGCAGAAUUGGUGGGCUGUCAAUCGGGAUUUGCAAGCACAUCCGGAAGGAUACUAGGAGCUCUAUGGGCCUGUGUGCGAAUUCUUGGUGGCUGUGGGACAAUACUUGUGCUUGACACCGCACCAGCUUGUACUGGACUUAUGGGACUGGCCACGUCACCAAGUCAUAUUGCAGUGCUGGUAUGUAAAAGACCAGGAUGUACCAGGCUACUAGUACUCGCCAGUUCACCAGAAGGUAGUGCGGCACUAGUACUGGCACUCUGCUGCAUAUGAGAGUCCUCA